CGUCAUCUCCUUUUGUUUCUGGGAGCUCCCAGGUUGACAAGGGAUAUUGCAAGGACUAACCGGGCCUCCAGAGUUAUCGGUGCGGAGAUCAGGGAGUGUCGCUGUGUCCUCCGGCGUGCGCAACACAUUCCACAAGACGCCAUGGCUGCGUCUCUCCCCGGAAAUCGCGAUCUGCCUGCAUCUGAAUAUGACCUGUCUACGUACUGGGGUCGAGUCCGACAGUCGGCGCACUUGACUGAUCCAAGGACCCUGUUCGUAUCGGCGGCGGGACUCGAAAAUGCAAAGAAGCUGGUCACAUCAUACAAGACUGGCGAGGCCAAGGUCAUGACGCCCGAGAUAUGGAAUGCAAAAAAGGUGGUGGAUUCUACUCUGCAUCCUGGUAAGACAUACACACACUGCGUUGCCCAUUUCCCAUCUCGUCGCAGGCAUGGGUGGAAACUCACAGGGUGAUUUAUAUAUACGCAGAUACCGGACAACCAGUGUUUCUGCCGUUCCGCAUGUCCUGCUUCGUCAUCUCCAAUCUCGUCGUCACAGCGGGCAUGCUCCAACCCAACAUGACCACUGCCGGAGUCGUCACCUGGCAAGUCAUCAAUCAAUCUCUCAAUGUUGCAAUCAAUAAUGCCAAUGCCAACAAAUCAUCUCCCUUGUCCACCAAGACCAUUAUCCAGUCAUACCUCCUCGCCGUGUCGGCAUCAUGCUCGGUUGCGGUUGGUCUCAACUCGAUUGUGCCGCGCCUCAAACGACUGUCACCCAACACGAGGCUCAUCCUCGGUCGACUCGUGCCCUUUGCCGCUGUAGCAUCGGCCGGUGCACUCAAUGUAUUUUUGAUGCGGGGAGAGGAGAUCCGUCGAGGCAUCGACGUGUUUCCAGUCCAGUCAGACGCUGAAAAGGCCGAGCGGGAACGGACGGGCAAGGAAGUCGCCAGUCUGGGCAAGUCGCGCAAGGCGGCUACUCUGGCGGUUGGCGAGACUGCCAUUUCUCGGGUCCUCAACGCUACGCCCAUCAUGGUGAUUCCGCCGUUGAUCCUCGUCCGAUUACAGAAGACCGAGUGGCUGAAGCAACGACCGAGGAUGACGACACCGAUUAAUCUCGGCUUGAUCUUGACCACGAGUAUCUUUGCGUUGCCACUGGCAUUGGGGGCAUUCCCUCAGCGACAGGCCGUGCUGGCCUCGUCCUUGGAAGAUGAAUUCCACCACCUCGGCGGUGAGGGUGGCUUGGUCGAGUUUAAUCGUGGGAUCUAAACUGGCAAAGGCUACCCACAAACAUCGCCACGGCUCGUUCGGUCGAUCGGCUCAAAUGACUGUACAUAUCCCCAACACAUAGGGUUCAUUUGGUUCCGGUGCUUACGAUGAUGGGAAGGUUACCUUGUCCUUAAGACAACGUCGCCAGCGAUUGGCAAAUACCAGUUAACAUGGAUUUCGAAGCCCACCCCCCGGUCUGGUCACGAUGGGUUCUCAUAGCCACGAACCCGAAUUCGUUGAGCUCGUGUAUCAUGUGACUUGAACAACUCGCUUUGAGAAAAGAGAUUCAAAUAACGGGCUAUGAUCCAAUAUUUACAAGUUACAACGCCAAUCAAUGUGCCUCGUCC